AGGAGACUCUAGAGAGGCUGCCACUGUGGGCAUCCAGGGUGCAUUCCCAGGGAGGCGAACGAGACACUAAUGGCGGCAGGUAUCUGCUAGGGGAAAAUAAGAAUCAUCUAUGAAGAAAGUGAAGAUUUUCUGGAAGAAGUAAUAUUGUCAUGAAUUAUCAACAUAUUCCAUUUCUGGAAAAUGCUGAACUUGGGCCUCAGAUGCCUUCCAAAACAAAAGGUGAUGAGAGAUAUGGAGGAGAACCCCUUGAAAACCAACUCGAUAUCAAUGACUUUAUGAAAAUACAGAGCAUUUUUGAGCCCCCAGGGGCAGAUCACGCAGGGUGUAUGACCAGAGAAGAAUUCAUGGAGAAGAUGCCUGAAGUCCUUGGCCAUGGGACCAAGGAAGAAUAUGGGGAACUCUUUGAUAAAGUUGAUGUGGCCCAGGCUGACAGCAUCACUUGGGACAAGCUUAUCUCCUUGAUACUGUUGAACCUUAAUGAGAAAGAUCAACGAGCCAAAUCUGCUGUGAUUCCCCAAUGGAAGGAACCCCAGCUGCUUCCAAUGAUACACAAAGAUGUUAUCCAGAACAUCGUCUUCUUGAACAGUUCAAGCCGUUAUCUGACAAUAAGCAAGGAAGGUUUGCUUGGGGUUUGGGAAGAGAGUUUAAAACUUCAAGAAAAAGUUCCUAUCACAUCAGACACUGUCAAGUUAAAAACCAUGUGGGUGACGAACCUGGUCCCUCUGGAAAAUGUAAACAAGAUAGCUGUGGCUUCCACAAGCAAAGAGAUUUGCUUCUAUGACCUGCUCUCGAAUAAGGAAUUCCCUUGUCAAUACAAGCUUCAAGGACUUCGGAGCGCACCUGUAUGCAUGCAUUAUUGGUAUAACCCUCAGGAUGCAAAUGAAUCAGUGCUCACUUUUGGGGACAUAGCUGGAAAGGUUCAAGCAAUUGUCUUCAACACUGCCUUGAUCUCCUUGUUUGAAAAACCAGCAACAAGUUCUUCUGAAGAUGAGGAAACCACGAUGACCAUCAACUGGGCAGAAUUGGUAUCUGGCUCUCACAGGUGCUGCUCAACAUUAGAGCACAGACUUCAUAACCAAGAGUGGGUCCGGCAAGUGAUUUAUGAUGCUUCUUUAGAUGCCAUAAUUUCCAGCACAACCAGCCAUGUAAACACAGUGGUACUUGCUUGGAGGGAAAAAUCCAAGCAGAAGUGGAUUAAGAAGACAUCCUUCAACAUCACCCAGGGCAUUCACACUUUUGACUACCACUCUCGCCUCAAUUUAAUUGCAACAGCUGGACUUAAUCAUAGAGUUUGCCUCUGGAAUCCUUAUGUUGCCUCUAAACCCACUGGGGUGUUGUGGGGUCAUUCAGCCCCAGUAAUCGCUGUGCAAUUCUUCACUGCUCGAAAACAACUUUUCAGCUUCUCCAAAGAUAAAGUGUUGAGACUCUGGGACAUCCAACACCAGCUCUCCAUCCAAAGGAUCGCCUGUCCUUUUACAAAGAGUCAGGAGUUCAAAUGUCUCUUCCACUUUGAUGAAGCCCAUGGACGGCUUUUUAUUGCCUUCAAUAACCAGCUAACACUACUGUCGAUGAAAAAGGAGACCAGCAAAAGGGUCACAAGUCAUGAAAAACCAGUCACUUGUGUGCUAUACAACUCAGUCUUCAGGCAGGUUAUCAGUUCUGAUACAGAAUCUACUGUUUCCUUCUGGAUGAUAGACACUGGGCAGAAAAUCAAAGAGUUUACAGGUUGCCAUGGCAAUGCAGAAAUCAGCACCAUGGCCUUAGAUCCAAGUGAGAAGAGGCUUUUAACUGGUAGCCCAGAUGGUGCAAUAAAGAUUUGGGAUUUCAAUGGACAUUGCCAUCAUACCCUGAACGUGGGUCAAGAUCGAGCUGUGGAUAUUUCCCAGAUUCUAAUCCUAAAGAAGACUAUAAUAGUGGUAGGCUGGGAGAGGGCAAUUACUGUCUUCCGACUUCGUGACUUCACUCCAUUUUUGGUUCAGCCUGAAGAAUGGAAAGGAGGGGCACAGCAUCGUGAGGACAUCUUAUGUGCUGCGUUUUUACCUCCACAGACUCUGGUUACAGGGAGUUAUGAUGGGGAAAUUCUCAUAUGGAAUAACAGCACGGAAAAUGCUCACCAUGUCUUGCACCCAUAUUACCAAAGAUCACUCCAUUUGCAAUUGGAUACUCCUCACUCUCAAAAGCAACCCAGGGUUCAAAGGGGUCUCUCUCCUCCCCUCUCUGCAGGAGACACCAUUCUAGGAGUUAACUCCUCUGAGACUGACACUGAGGGAAAUCAUGCUGUUAUGAAGCUUUCCUUCCUGGAAGCUAGAAAAACUAUUACAGUGACAGGAGGAGCCAACUUGGUUUCCUGUGGAGGAUCUGGUUAUGUCCGGUUCUGGAAUAUCUUUAGGAAGCAGCUUGUGGCUGAGUUUGUGGCCCACAGUGGAACUGGAUCCAUUAUCAUGACCAUUGAUGAGACCAAUCAGCACCUUAUCACUGGAGAUUCCAGUGGUUGUCUGAAAAUAUGGAACAUUGAGGAAUAUUGCCUUAAUUUCAAUGAGAGACAAGUUUUCCAGCCUCCAUCUCUACUAAGAUCAUUUCAACCUCAUGAGGAUCGAAUCAGUUCUCUGGAGACUUGUGUACAUGGCAGCCGCGUACUGAUUAUUGCCUCUUCUGCAGACGGCAGCGUUUCUGUCAGUGAAGUCUGGGGCUCUCUGAUUGGAAUAUUUGGUCAGAUGGAACACUGGCGAAUUAAAAACCCGGUCUCCCCUCCUCAAAGAGAUACCUCUAUCCAAGAGACUGUCUAUGAAGUCCGAUGGGAAGGGGAUUGUUUCUUCAGCAGCCCCAAAGUACGAAGUACAAUUCUUGGGAAUCUGUGCUUCUUCUAUUCAGGAACAAUGCUCAACCAAGAGGAAAAUACGAAUUUCGACAAAAACCCCAAGGAAAGCACAACUUUAAAGAAAAAGACAUACAAAUUCUGCCAUGGUGGACUGCUACAAAAGUCAUCAAGUGCAUUUAGGUCAUUACAUAUUGGAACCCUGGAGGAGGUGGCCGAGGUGAACAAACCUGAUUUCCUCGUCAACCCUGAGAAAUACUUCAGGGAAAAGCCAGAGGAGGGAUGCCCUAAAAACCCAAAGAUUGCCUCACUUGCAGAAACACUGAGAGCAGCAUUUGAUGAGAAAAGCCUGUUCCCCAAAGAAAUCCUAGAUCGGGAAAGAAAAGCCAAGCAAUUAUGCCAGCAAACAUUCAAUAGAGGAAAGAUAAAAAGAAAUCUGAAGCAAAUAUCACUGAAAGAAAAGUAAAUCUUUUGUUACAGGAGGUAAGAGGGGAAACUACA